GAAACCCAAGAACCCUAAGUGAGUAGUUGAAACCCAAGAACCUUCAGUGAGGAGUUGAAACCCAAGAAUCCUCAGUAGGAAGUUGAAACUCAAGAACCCUCAGUAGGAAGUUGAAACCCAAGAACCCUCAGUAUGAAGUUGAAACUCAAGAAUCCUCAGUAGUAAGUUGAAACCCAAGAACCCUCAGUGAGGAGUUGAAACUCAAGAAUCCUCAGUAGUAAGUUGAAACCCAAGAACCCUCAGUGAGGAGUUGAAACCCAAGAACCUUCAGUAGGAAGUUGAAACUCAAGAACCUUCAGUAGGAAAUUGAAACCCAAGAAUCCUCAGUAGGAAGUUGAAACCCAAGAAUCCUCAGUGAGGAGUUGAAACCCAAGAAUCGCGCGCGCGGCUUCCCGCCCUCGUCGCGCGCGCCCCGCGUCAUCGCCGUUUGUUUUUUUUUAACGCCGCCUCAGAAAGGGAUUUUUUGAACGCCGCUUCGAGUCUUUAAUUUCCUACAGAAGUCAAACAUUUCGUUGUUUUUUUACAAAUCGAGGACCGAUGAGCCGCCACGCUGCGACAUGGAAAACCACGAAGAUUUCUGCCGGAAGUGCCGUGAGGAGUUGGGGCAAACCCCCUCGACCCUCCUGGACCCAGCGAGAUACCUGGGCUGGAGCCUGGGUCGUGUGAUCGCCACGUCUUCCGUACGAUUCUGCGGGCGUCCCAUCCUCCCUCCUCUGCUGGGGUUGGAGCAGAAAGCAGAGAUGAGGGAACUUUUGGCCACCGCUUUGGAAAAGUCGACGAGGAAAAUUGAGGGCAGCGCGCAGAAGCGCCACGCACACACCACCUCCUCCAGCAACAACCCGCAGUCGCAGGUCCGGGACCGCUCCGCCAAUGACUCCAGAAUCGAGUCGAGCAUAGAGAGGGAGCGGAGAGACGAGGGCGGCGGCUGCCGUGGCGAUAACGACGACGGGCGACACCACCACCACCACCACCACCGCCACCGCCGCAGCAGCAGCGAGGUCUCCCGUCAUCACGCCGUGUCGCCCGCGUCCUCGUUCGACCUGACCCGGACCGUCUCCACGUCGAGGUGCGGCCACCCGCCGUGGCCGCACCUCGACGGCCACGACGGCCACGACGGCCACGACGGCGACGACGACGGCGACGACGACGAGGAGGAGGAGGAGGAGGAGAACAGCUCCACCGCCGUCGUCACUGUCGGCGCUCCCCACGAUGAGCUGGGGGCCCUUGGAGUGCCCCGCUCCCGUCGCGGCCUUGACGCCGAUCGUUUCGGCACUGCCGGUGAAAAGUCGGCGAUGCAAGGAGACGACUUCGGUUGCGGUGGCGACGGCGGCAGUGGCGGCGACGGCUGUCGUCCUCCCGGCGAGCCGGGCGCCGGGGUUUACACCGGGAUGGCUGCACGGUCGGACUCGCCUCGUCUGCCGGCGGCGGAAUCGGUCGUCGAUGGUGGAAGCGGUGGCGUUAGCGGUGGCAGUGAUGGCAGCGCUGUCGCUGGCAGUGGCGGUGGUGGUGUUAGUGGUGGCAGUGAUGUCACUGGCAGUGGGCGACUGCGAGCCGGCGUGCGGUAG